AAAAUGAGUACCCAAUGAUCGUCUGUCAAGAACGCGAAGCCUCCAAUUAAUCGAGUGAAAAUCAAUAAUAGACUACAUGAAGCGAAGAACCAGUCUAAAACUCUCGAAAGUACUAAGAGCCUUAGUGGAAUCAGUGAGGUCCCUUCUGUUCAGGUAUCCAAAGUUCUUAAGAGAACGAACAAAUAGACAGUUUAUUCUUGACUGAACAAAUGUGAAAAAAUCAAGAAUCCCUGAAUAUUAUGAUUUCAGAGCAGAGCUUAUUUAAAAAGAACGAGAAGCGACUAAGAAAAUUAAAAUAAGUUUCAUAAGAUAAAAAUACUAAAACCAGGGAAAAUACGCAAACAAGGAAAACUUGUGUCUGGAUUUCAGGCACAGAAGAGGCGCACAAAGUCUUCAAAUGAGGAUUCUCUUGCAAUGACUCAUAAUGCGUCUAAAAUUAUUGAAGAUCAUAUGAAAACUCAGAAGGGAGAGCAGAAUGAUAGUUCCAGAACCUUAAUUUACUACCCAAAUUUGAAUUUGAAAAUGGAGGAAAAGAAGAACCGGUGAAUGUCUGCUGCAAAGAGAUUUCCCAAGCUGUCAUAUAACCAGAAGGAUCCCAUAAAAGUUAGUCUUUCUGAAAGGAUAGGAAAUUCAUGAGAAGACAACAAAAGGAUGACUCAUGAACAGCUAAUGGAAGUGCUAAAAAUGAGCAAAAAUAGAUGAAAUAAAAUUAGAACUCCAGGUUUGGAUAAUAGAGACCCGUCGGUCUCAGGAGGCUCUCUUCUUAGCCAUCACAAAUCGGAAUGAGAGAAGGAUAAAAAUGAGCUAGAGAAAGAUGAUAAGAAGGAUCAGGAAAAAUUCAAUAGAAUAAAGUCUGCUCAUUGCAAGACGAGCAAUUCACCUCUUGAUUUAAAAAAUCAACAAAGAAACAAAGGCCUUUCAGGCAUUCCUGAAACUUCUAAGCAGCUUCCUCCUUUAUUGAAUCUACCUCUCAGUAGGAAGACAUUUUCCUUAUGUUGUGAGCCUCCAGGAAGCAGAUUAAGUGUGCUACAAAACCUGAAGGCUUUUGUAUUAAAGCAGAAAACGAUCAAAAGUUCUAAAAAUGAAGAAUACUGUGAUAAUGACAUUUUUUAAAGAAAAUUACAUUCCUAGUGUGCAUCCUGACACUUGUGAGAUCAUCUGAGCCUUAGACUCUCUGAUCUAUUGAAGAGAUGUAGACUUGGUAUUUGUAGUUAUCAUGAAUGUAACAUCAGAUAAGGAAAGCAUUAAAUAAUCCAGAUCAACAGAAGAGAUUAAUGUAAAAUCUUUAAAUAUCAGUCUACCUUAAAUUCACCCCUCUCUCUACUAUC